AUGUCCAUGCCAUGCAUGGGGCGUGACUCAGCUGCGGGCAAGGUUAAGCUGAAAAAGUUCUUAGAGGAGAUCGACGCAGGCAUGACGGAAUUGUUUAUGGUCCGUAUGGUACUAGAAAUCCUGGUGCCUCGUCUACAGUCGCUAGAUCGCGUGGCUAACAUUCUGAAACGAGAGGCGGAUAAUUCGCGAGCUUCUGGUGUCGCAUUGGAGCACGCCGUAGGCAAGAGAUUUGGAUCAAUCACUGCUCUCAUAGGCAAUGUGAGACGUUCGGCCAGCAAGGAUGCCCGUCUACAGCACAAGAAACAUCGGAUUGAUGACAAUGAGAAGAAGGUAGAGCGAGAGCGACGAGCAUUGAAGAUCGGACGUAACGCAAAGAAUAAGACGUUACAGUCGAAGUAUUCGACGAAAGUGCACCGUUCAGUGACACAGGAUGUGAGGGCGGAUAGCAGAUGUGAUACGAAGGUGUAA